AUGGCUAAAAAUGCCGUGGCAACCUAUUUGGCACUUUAUAUCUAUGCCGAGAUUUACCAGGUCAUCUUCACUGUUAUUAUCCUUUACACAAAGAAUAUCUACCACUUGAUUUCAUACUUAAUUUUCUUAUGUGCCAUGGCGGUUUAUUCUGGCAUUCAAUUUUAUGAAUUGAAAAAUACCCUUUUUUUUGGAUUGUUAUACAGUUCCUGGGAAAGGUUUUGUAAGGCAUUUUCCAUUAUAGUGAUUGUUUUGAGUUGUAUUGUCUGUUUGGUUCAGGCUGUAAACGUCUGGAAAAUGAGAAUCCAAUUUCUUAAGGCAACCGGUGAAAAAGUCAGCAAUAAUCCAAAACUAAUUCGGGCCGAUAUCAUUUUCAAUUUGCAUAGAAACGCUUUGAUUAUAGCCGCUUUCUUUUUCCCUGCAUUUACUUUGCAAUUUGCCGUUAUUGUUCUCGAUAAGACCGAUCCUGAAUUUGUCAUAACCAUAGUAAUUCUCGGUUUGAGUUACUUGGUAUUAAUACUUGCCGAUUACUGUGCUGCUAGAAAAUAUUCAUGGGGCCUCUAUGCUGUUUUGCUCGCCUACAUGGGCGCAAUGUCUUAUUUGGCUUUCAAAAUAUACAGGAUGUUUACCUGGUACAGUAUGAUUCCAGGUAGGAGAUCAUUGAUUGCUUUUGACAUAUUUUGCAUAAUUUUGUUAAUUUGGAUGUCCUUAUUGACUGUUUUAGUGAAGUGGAAUUUUAAUAGUUUGAAAAGAGUGAACAGACAAGAGUCUGAUGACAACGAUGAUAUUUAA